GAUGAGUAACUCACAGUUAGACACAGAUAUAUAUAGAGAGGGACAGCAGUCCAUCAGCACAUCGAUUACCAACGUUGGUGAAACUCAACUGUCAACCUCCAGAAAAAAGCAGGAUGAAGUUGGCUGUGGUAUUCCUGGUGGUGUCCAUGGUUGUGCUUAUGGCUGAACCUGGAGAAGGUUUUAUCGGACAUAUUUUGGGACGAUGCGCCAGGGGUGUCCUUGGAAAGAAGCAGGCAAUGGAACAAGCCGACCAGCAGGUGGACCAGCAGGUGGACCAGCAAGAACUGGACCAGCAGGACAAAGACCAGCUACAAAUGCAAAAACGUUCAUUUCAGCAACGCAAGGAUUUUCAGCGUUAUUAGGCAACGACCCAAAUAUAAUUUGGGUCAAGUUGCCCGACCUGUUUACAAAAUAAACAUGCAUUUUGCUUUUCCUGAAGGAUUUUUGCUAAAUUGAUUUUGAUACAAUUAUCUGAUAAAUAAAAAAUGGCUUGGCAGAACAAUAAACUGAA